AUUCUCAGUUCGUCCAGCUCGAAUUCCAAAGAAGGAAGAAACAAGGCGGCUGAGGCGUUAGCUUCGCGUCAUAGCUCUGGACAAUAUACAGCCCGCCCAGCCAUUGGACCAUGACCAAGCCUAUGAGAAGUCCUAGUUGCGAAUAAAGGGGGGGGCUUCGUGAAAUGGAGGACUUCGUAUGGAUUCCUCAGAUGAGAGGCCAGUGUUUCUUUGCUACUGCAACCAUCUGAAUCGUUGUCUCUAAAGCCCGGGCCUCUAAAGCCUCACCUCGAAGUCUAUGAUCUAUCAUCACCAAGGUGACUCGGAUUCUCUGAAAUAUAACAAAUCACACGAGCGCGGAGCACUCUCCGCGGAAAUACUCAGUACACUUUUUCGAAUUAUUGUAACUUACGUGUAUCAUAUUAUUGUAUAAUGGUUAAAAAAGAAAUGAAAAGGAAAAAAUGAAAGGGAAAAGAAAAAAUGAAAAGGAAUAAUAGUAUCAUCAUCAAUGCUUUAGGACUGGCAUUGAGGCUCUUGACGUUUCUUCUUGGUAUCACUCGGAGGGACUUAAAUAGCCUUAGAAAGAAGUCACCACCGCAAAAGAUGGAUGCCGUCUCUUGUCCGGAAAAGGGUAUACCAGCUAGACGAGUAAGGAUUGUCCAAGUGUUUCCAAGUUCCAAGUUUCCUCACAAGUAGCACAACACCUACCUCAACUACCGUAGCCAUGGUCACGAUCGAAGUCCAACCGCCGGCGCAAGCCCAAGCCGGGGCGGUCAUGUACCCGCCCCUGGUGAUCAGCUCUGACAGCAACGCCUGCGACUUCGUCCAGAUCGCCCUCAUCGACUCGUACGGCCGCGUCCUCGAGGACCAGCUGUACGGCACCCUCUCCAUGUCCGGCAAGAGCCUCGACGAUCGACACGCGUCGCGAAGCAGCCGGUCCACCGAGUACUUUGCCUUCCCCGACCUCAUCGUGGGCUACCCCGGCACCUACUACAUCCAGGUCACCGCCGUGCGCAUGGACUACAGCUCCCCCGACGGCCCCGCCGCAGUCAUUGCUGGCUCCACCACCUCGGCCCAGAUCAUGGUGUAUGAAGAAAGCGUCGCCACGGAGGUUCCAUCCUCCGACGAACAGUCUCUCCUGCGAAGACUACGCCGAAACGGUGGAUUCGGCAUCCCUCGAUCGCCUAGAUGAUCGUAAAAAGU